AUGCUGCCCACGCCCCUCCUCUUCUCCCUCCUCGCCUUCCUCGCCUUUCUCCUCAGCGUAGUCGCCUCCCCGGAACCAGCCGCUCUCAUCCCAUUCCCUCAAUACACCCACCGCCCAGCACAACCCUCUCCGACUCAGGCGCCGCAAGUCGUCAUCAACCACGAUGUCCACCCCCUUGUGCUCGUCUCUACCGUCGACGGUGCCUUGCAUGCGAUAGACCGCCAGACGGGGACUGAAAAAUGGGUUUUGGACGAAGGUGAUCCGCUGGUGGGGGGCAAAAUGAGGGGCAGAGAUGACGAAAAGUACAUUGUGGAGCCGCUCAGCGGAAGCUUGUACGUGCACGAGGAGAUUGAAGGAGAGGUCAAAAUGCGACAAUUACCUUUGGGAGUGGAGCAACUAAUCGCACUCUCCCCUUUUGCAUUCCCCGACGCCCCCACCCAGAUUUUCACCGGCUCCAAGCAGACUUCCCUCAUGAGCAUCAACCUUCUCACGGGCGAGCAAGUCGACUGCUUUCCAUCUGCGGCCCUGAACCUGUCUCAUCACAGCGCUGCCGUCUGCGAAAACGACGAGCUGGAUGAUUUGGAGCGCGCGAACGCGCUUCCGGUCCGAGACACCUUGUUUGUCGGAAGGACUGAUUAUCGCCUGACCAUCCAUUCCCCUUCUCCCUCCGCUCAAGGACUCUCGACUUAUACCUCGACAGUCUACAGCUCUUCCGAAAAGAAGGGCGGACCCGGUGUGCAGGAAAUCAGAUACUCCACCUACACUCCCAACUCGUACAAUCGUCCGCUGGCAGAUACAUGGCUCAAGGCUUCUGUCGACCAUCAGUCAUGGGGUCCUGACCGCGAGGAACCGAGGACCCGAGUAGAGCUGGGAUUUGAUGGAAAGGCGUUGGGUGUCAAGCCGGGCGCAGGGAUCAUCUGGAACAAGGAGCUCGGAAACGUUGGCAUUGGAGUCUAUGAGAUUCUCCUCCCCAGAGACAGCCCGCAUGGUGCGCCAGUGCUGGUGCCCCAGCCGCCUGCCCAUCUUCCCGCGCUCUUCCCAGAGCAUGGUGAUGCUCGGGCAUUCAACAUUCACCGCGCACCUCCUUCUACCUACAUUGCGACUCUGCCCGAGCAUCUCGCUUUACCGACCCCUCAAACCAAUCUGACUGCUUCAGACGGCAAGUCGGUUGGGGAUGCGCUUCAUUUUGCUCUCUCGUCCAGCAGUUACCCGCUCAUCAACUUUGCCCGCCCUGCUCGUCCUGGACAUCUCUCGGAUGGCCUCUUCUUCCUCGCUGAAGAUGGUGAUUCCAGCGCCGAAGCGCACAAGAGCAUGCUCCCGUUCCUGAUCGACGCCCCCAAGGAACACGGGCUCAUUGACGGACCUGCCGAUGUCAGGACGCUUGAAGCUGGCGGAAUCAGGCAAAAGGUGGAGAGGGCAUGGUGGAAGUGGGUGUUGUUGUUCGGUAUGGCGGUGACCAUACUGGGCGCUGGGAUUGUAAACUUUGCGAGGUACAGAGGAGGACGUGUCGGGGUAGGCGAGGUGGAUGAAAAGACACCGCUGUUGGUGGUCAACGAGGACAAAUCAAAGACGGAGGAAGUGAUCCCUAGCAUCACAAUUCAAGAGUCGACACCGUCUCCUGCCGUCCCUCCAGCAGCUCUUCCGCCUACCGACACCCAGCCCUUGGCACCACCUCAAAAAGCUGGAAAGAAGUCUACAAGACGCCGAGUGAGGGGCAAGAAGAAGCGUAGAGAUUCGAAUCCCAUACUGGAGGAAGGUGAAGAAGGAGAAUUUGAUGAGGAUGGGGAUGGAAGGGAGUCCGGGCGGUCAUCAAAGACGGGCGGUAAACCUCUGCCGGAUCUGCCGAGAGAGCUCUCGUCGACGGAUCUGCUGGAUUAUCAAGAUAAGGAGAGAUUGGCCAUCAGUGAUCAGAUCAUCGGUGAGUCGUUUCUGAGUAUAGGAUUCGGAUCGCAUGGUACAGUGGUGCUGAAGGGGACCUGGGGCGGAAGGCCAGUAGCUGUCAAGAGGCUUUUGAGUGAUUUCACCCGGCUGGCUAGUCAAGAAGUCAAGCUUCUCCAAGCCUCAGACGACCAUCCCAACGUCAUUCGAUACUAUUGCCAAGAAAAGCGCGAUAACUUCCUUUACAUUGCUCUCGACUUGUGUCAGGCGUCUCUCGCAGACUUGAUCGAGUCGCCAGAGAAGCACAAAGAGUUGGCGGCGCAGUUGGAUAGGAAAAAGGCUUUGAUGGAAGUGACAAGGGGCGUCAAGCAUCUGCAUGGGAUGAAGAUUAUACAUCGUGAUAUCAAGCCUCAAAAUGUGUUGGUUUCUCAGACACCCUCGGGGCUCCGGAUCCUCGUUUCGGACUUUGGUCUCGCUCGACGGUUAGAUCAAGAUCAGUCAUCGUUUGCCCCUACUGCAAACAAUCUGGCUGGUAGUCUAGGAUGGCGUGCACCAGAGUGCAUUCGUGGGGUGGUCCGGCUCAACGAGGGAUUCGACCAAACUGCCUCUGGCACAUCGAGCGGAGGCACAGUCACUGCCGAAGGAGAGGCCUGCUCGAGCUCAAGAAGCAGGCUUACCAAGGCUGUUGACCUCUUUGCCCUGGGUUGUCUCUAUUUCUGGAUAUUGCUCUCUGGGGAACAUCCCUUCGGCGAGACAUACAACAGGGAGAGCAACAUUGUCAAGGGCGAAGCGGUGAAUAUCGACAUGCUGGACAUUCUUGGCGAAGAGAGAGAAGAGGCAAAGGAUCUGAUAGGAAGGAUGUUGAGUAUGGAACCAGGGGAGAGACCAGAGACGGCCGAGUGCCUCACACAUCCUCUCUUCUGGGCUGCUGGCAAGCGCUUGGCGUUCUUGUGUGACGCCUCGGACCGAUUUGAAAUCAUCUUGGACCCCACCGACCCUUCACACCCAGAGUGUGCCCUGCAUCUGCUGGAAGAUACGGCUCAGCAGGUCGUGGGGAAGGAUUGGUAUUCGCGACUGGAUAAAGUGUUUACGAGUAGUCUUGGAAAGUAUAGAAAGUACAAGGGAGGCAGUGUGCGCGAUUUGUUGAGGGCUUUGAGAAACAAAAAACACCAUUAUCAAGAUCUUGACGCCCACACCCAAGCGCACAUGGGUAGCCUCCCGUCUGGCUUCUUGCUCUACUUUACCAGCCGCUAUCCAAGACUGGUCAUGCACGUGUACGGGGCGAUUCGGGAUAGUGGGCUAGGAGGGGAGAGUAUGUUUGAGGGGUAUUUUGCCGAUCCAUAG